AUGGGCCUCUCCUUCAAGGGAUUGGCCAGCAAUGCGCUGCUCUCACGUAGCAACAAGGGCGUCGAGGAGAACCACAAGGACGUCGCUGAUGUCCCCGCAGCCGUCCAAGGCCAUACCAGCCUGGAGGAUACUCCUGAUGAGAAACUUGGCGCGCCGAGGUCGCCCUUGUCCUUCAACUCUGAUGAGGAGUUGAACAAGGUCGAUACAACUGCCGAGCAUGGUGUGCAGGCGAUACAGGCUUCCACCCAAGUGUGGAGCAAGAGGGACUUGAUCCUGGCAUAUAUCUUCAUGUGGCUCAUCGCCUUCAUGAUGUCUUUCUGCUCCAGCUCGUCAAGCACCCUUUCGCCAUAUGUCACCUCGUCUUUCAAAGAGCACUCCCUCACGGCCUUGACGAGCGUCAUUUCAUCCAUCGUCGCUGGUAUCUGGAAGCUUCCGUACGCCAAGAUCAUGAACAUCUGGGGCCGUCCCUUCGCGCUCUGCCUUGGUAUCUCCAUGUUCGUGCUCGGCCUCAUUCUGAUGGCCACCUGCAACAACGUCAAGGCCUACUGCGCUGCCCAGACUUUCUUCUAUACCGGCUACAACAGUAUCGACUUUUUCAUGACUGUCUUCAUUGCCGAUACCUCCAAGCUCAAGAACCGAGGAUUCUUCAUUGGCUAUGCUGCUUCCCCUUUCCUCAUCACCACCUGGAUUUACGGCUAUGCUGUUCAGAGCGUUAUUGCUCCCGGCGGCAUUGGCUUUCGGUGGUGCUUCGGUAUCUUCGCCAUCAUCUUUCCCAUUGUCUGUAUCCCGUUCGUUUUCAUGUUCUUCAAGCAUGAGGCCAAGGCGCGCAGGCAGGGACUCAUCCCGCCGCGACCGAGCCGUGGCUCCAUGGGCCAGACCAUCUUCUACUAUCUCCGGGAAUUUGAUGUCGUUGGCCUUCUCAUCCUAGCCACCGGUCUUGCGCUCUUCCUCCUCGCCUUCAACCUGUACUCGCUGCAGGCUAAACUCUGGAAGGCACCGUUGAUCAUCUGCUUCCUCAUCUUCGGAGGACUUCUCAUCAUCGCAUUCGGUUUGUGGGAGAAAUUCUUUGCGCCCGUCACCUUCAUCCCGUGGCCGCUGCUCAAGAACCGCACUGUCAUCUUCACCUACACCAUGGUCGCCGCCAUGUACACCGCCUGGUAUAUCUGGGACUCGUACUUCUACUCGCUACUUCGCGUCAUGUUCAACCAAUCUGUUCCCCACGCCACCUACAUUGCCAACAUCUAUACCAUGGGUAGCUGUUUCAUCUGCCUUGUGUACGGAGUCGCGCUGCGCUACUACGGAAAGCUGAAGAUCUGGUCCCUGUUCUGGGGUGCACCGCUUAUGAUCCUUGGUGUUGGUCUCAUGAUCAAGUUCCGCCAGCCAGACGAGAACAUUGGCUACAUCGUCAUGUGCAUGAUCUUCAUCGCCUUUGGUGGCGGUGUCCUCGUCACUUCGGAGCAGACUACCAUCAUGGCCGUCUCCAAGCAACAAGACUUCCCGGCUCUUCUUGCUGUUGAGUCUAUGAUUGUCGCCAUCGGAAAUGCCAUCGGCUCUACUAUUGCUGGUGCCAUCUGGACCGGUAUAUUCCCCGUUCGUCUCAUGGCCAACUUGCCCGCGGAUGCCCAGGCGGACUUCGCCAGUAUUUAUGGUGACAUCGAUGUCCAGACCAGCUACGCUGUUGGUACCCCAACGCGCGACGCAAUCAACCUCAGCUAUGGCGAGACUCAAAGGUACAUGCUUAUUAGCGCUACCUGCGUUUACAUCAUCGUUCUCUUCAGCAUUGCGAUGUGGCAGAACGUCGAUGUCAGGACCAUGAAGCAGAGGACCAUUGGUCUCUUGUAG